AAUGUGGAGCGACAAGGAAGGAACUGAAAUUAGAAAUUACAAAACAUUGGGAAAAGAAAAGGAGAGAGAGAGAAUCGCUUGGAAUAGAAGCCAUUGAAGCUCAAGGGCCUCUCUUUUUCUUCCUCUUCUUCUUCAUUUGUAUGUAUAGAAAGAGAAACAUUUAGAGAGAGAGGCUUUUUGGUUAGCUGAAUUGAUAACCAAAAAGGCAGGCCAUAUGUCAGAUUCAAGCAGCGAUUCCGUUUCCGUCGAUGUUGAGACCAUCUAUCUUGGCGGAAAGGAGCAUAUCAUAAGGACUGACUGUGGUUCUGUGUCAGUUUUAGUUUAUGGAGACCAAGAGAAGCCAGCACUGAUCACUUAUCCUGAUCUAGCUCUAAAUCAUAAUUCAUGUUUCCAAGGACUGUUCUUCUGUCCGGAAGCAGCUUCUCUGCUGCUCCACAAUUUUUGCAUUUACCACAUUAGUCCUCCUGGGCAUGAGGUCUGUGAACUGGCAAGCUUUUGUUUGGAGCUCCUUCUUGGAAACUUCUUAGUUCUUACUAAUGAUGAGAUUCUUGCUGUUUCUAGGCUUGGAGCUGUGAUGUGUAUGGGAGUAAUUGCUGGUGCUUACAUACUCAGCUUAUUUGCUAUAAAGCAUAGGGAGCGUGUUCUUGGUUUGAUUCUUGUUUCCCCUCUAUGCAGAGCACCUUCUUGGACUGAAUGGUUUUACAAUAAGGUCAUGUCAAAUUUACUAUACUUCUACGGGAUGUGUGGUGUUCUGAAAGAGUUUUUGCUGCACCGCUACUUCAGCAAGGAAGUUCGUGGAUCUCCAGAUGUUCCGGAAUCAGAUAUAGUUCAAGCAUGCAGAAGAUUACUAGAUGAGAGGCAGAGCAUGAAUAUUUGGCGUUUUCUUCAAGCCAUUGAUGGGAGACCUGAUAUCACGGAUGGAUUGAAAACAAUAAAAUGUCGAACCCUCAUAUUUGUCGGGGAUGAUUCUCCUUUCCAUUCGGAGGCUCUCCACAUAACUGCUAAAUUAGAUCGAAGAUUCAGUGCCCUAGUUGAGGUACAAGUGUGUGGAUCAAUGGUGACAGAAGAGCAGCCACAUGCUAUGUUAAUACCAAUGGAGUAUUUCCUCAUGGGGUAUGGACUAUACAGACCAAAUCAGUUCAGUGGCAGUCCUAGAAGUCCUCUCACUCCAUCUUGCAUUGCUCCUGAGCUUCUCUCUCCAGAAAGCAUGGGUUUAAAGCUGAAACCUAUCAAGACUCAGAUUGCACAAAAAUAAUACUACUUGAUUCUGUGUAAACUAUGUAAAAUGUAUUUCAUUUCUGGUUAGUUUUUGGGGGAUAUUUAAGGGUGAAAAGGUUAGAUAUAUGGGUUGUAGAUAGGAAAGUGAAAUUCUUUUAAUGGACAUAGGGGAGGGAGAUAUUGUGAUUCAUUCAUUCAUUCAUUGUAGGCAGGAAUGAAAAGGUCAUAAAACAUACUGCAAUUCUGAGUUGUAUUUGUAAAAAGAGAUACUUGUCCAUGAUCAUGAUGAAUGACUAAUAAGACAGCAAAUUAAUUAUUUUU